AUGAAUACGCAGAAAUCAUUGCAAACCAGUGCCUUAUCGAAAGAGCCUAAGCUACUAAAUGUUGCAUUUAACCAAGAUCAGUCAUGUUUUGCAAUUUGCUCAGAAAAAGGGUUUCAGGUUUUUUCGACGUAUCCGAUGGAGAUGAAGAUGGAAAGGGACUUCACUCUGACGGGGCGCCGACUUACUCACGAUGAGGAGACGGGGAGUGGGCAUUGGAAAGAGGCAGAUACUGCCGUGAAAUCUAGCACAACUGGAAUUGGCAUAAUAAAAAUGUUAUACAAGACAAACUAUGUUGCACUAGUCGGUGGUGGCAAAAAGCCUCGGUUUCCACUAAACAAGUUAUGUAUUUGGGAUGACCUCAAAGAAAAAAAUUCGAUUAUUCUUGAGUUCACAACGCCGAUCUUGAACGUGCAUUUAUCAAGAACACAUAUAAUAGUACUUCUAAAGAACAUGGUUUUGGUAUAUUCCUUCAAGCUGAAACCGGAUUUGAUUUUUUCAUUUGACACAAUCGACAAUUACUCUGGUGUAUCAGAUCAUGCCAUCACGGAGAACUCCUCGAUACUUGUUUUCCCAUGCCGAAACUCUGGACAGUUACACAUUGUUGACAUCUUGAACAAAAAGAAGAACUCAAGUGAGGGAGACGAGGAUAAAAAGACCGUUUCCUUGAUCAAGGCUCAUAAGAAUCCGAUCCAGUGUGUGUGUUUGUCGCCAUCGGGGAAGAUGGUUGCGAGUGCCUCGGACAUUGGUACGAUCAUCCGGGUACACGACACUAGAAGCUGUGCGCUACUUUAUGAGUUUCGGAGAGGUCUGGAUAAUGCGAUCAUUACAGACAUGAAGUUCUCCCCCAAUGGUAUGAAAUUGGCUGUUUUGAGCGAUAAAAAUACGCUGCAUAUCUACCAUGUAUAUGGGGACGAAGUUAAUGGGAAAAACAAGACGCAUAUUUUGAAAGACCUGCCCUUGUUCCCAAAUUACUUCAAAAGUACGUGGAGCUUUGUCUCUAAGGACGUGGGAAACAAAAAUGACGUCAUUAACGACGUGGGGACGCUGGGAUGGGCAGACGACGAGUCCGUCAUAAUAAUAUGGAAGUUCAGAGGCAUAUGGGAAAAGUACGACAUAAUUAUCAACAACUCGAUAGAGCACAACAAGGGGUCCAGGUGGCAAAUCGUGAAGGAAGGGUGGCGGAGUGUGUGCUGA